AUGGCCGCUCUCCUCGCCGCCUCCGCCCUCGCCCUCCUUGUGGCAUGCGUACCUGGAGCGUGCGCCCAGGGUACGAACGCAGUCUGCAGCUUUGGUUAUGAUUGGAUGAACAACACCAUGCACCAGAGCCCGUGUCUCAUCGCAUCUUGGCUCUUCACUCCUUGUUCAUCGUCUGCAGAUUCUUGGGUCUAUCCUCUUGAUGACGGCUACCACUACAACACUCCUCUCCUCAGCGCUACCAGCGCUACACCAUGCCGGUGCAACACUGUUUUUUGGGCGACGUAUUCCCAGAACUGCACGGCCCCGGGAUCCGAUGUCGUCAUUGGGCAGUUCCCAGAGCCCAUUCCUGCAGGAACCUCUAUCCCAGCCUGGGCUUACAUUGAUGUCACCGUCUCGGGCACUUUCAACGCCACAUUAGCUCAAGCUCGGGCCAAUGAAGACCUCCCUGACUCUAGCGCACCCGUGUCCGCGUCUUCAACACAGACGACUCAAUCGACACCUCCCACGAGCUCGGAUUCCGGUGCAACCAACCCUACGUCGGGCUUCACCACCACGUCCUCACCUUCCGACAACACCAGUGCUCCUUCCGGCACUGAUACACCUAACAGCAAAUCAAACGUGGGCGCGAUUGUCGGUGGAGUCGUUGGCGGAAUCGCAGGGCUUUUGGUCAUUGGGGCGUUCUUCUCUAUGCCCUGCGUCGCCGGAACCAAGGAUAUAGAGGCGCGCCGAGUGGGCACGGCGCCCGGCAGCGAGCCUAGCCCCAGGCUCUAUGAUCCCAAUGACCCCACUACGUUCCCCUCACAGGGCCACGUUCCGUCAUUGUCAGCGCCUAGCUUCAACCCUACUAUGAUGACCCAGCACUCAUAUCGUGGUGCCCCGGAGCUGUGA